UCUUCACUCAUUACAGCCACACCACUCCCCCAUCUCCCUCAAAUUUCAAAUUCUCGCCCGAUUCCGCCAAAUCUCCGUUGAAAAGGGAAUUCUAGAGCAGGCAGGCAGGCAGCAUGGCGAUGGAGGCUAAUAAUAAGUCAUUCACAUGGAAGAUCUCGCCUCUGUCAAAGUCGGGAUUAGGAAUGCGCAAGUCUGAAACGUUUCAUGCCGGCGGCUGCCAAUGGGUCAUUGUGGCUUAUAUACGCGAAGAUCCCUUGGUUAGAGAUGAUUGGGUCAUCUCUUUAUUUCUGCGUUGCUGUUCCGACAUGGGACGAAAACUAUAUGAUGAUGGUGGUCGUCGGGACAGAUUUGCCAAAUACGUGUUCACUGUUUCCACCCCGGGAGGAGGUGCAAACGACUCCUUAAACCUAAUAGGAGAGGGCAAACGGCAUUUCACUGGACCAGCAACACCGGAUUCUGGUUAUGACACUGAUUAUGACGACCAGGAGCAAGACUCGUCGUGGGAUGCUGACACUCAUCAGGACGAAGACACAUCAUCGGAUUCUGAUUACUACAACCAGGAAGGAGACUCCUCGUUGUCGUCGGGUGCUGACACUGAUCAGGAAGAAGACGCAUUGGAUGAUGAUGAUGCUACUGCUGAUGAGUCCGAGCAUAUUGAGCCUGAUGACCAACCCAACGGAGCCUCGAUCGAGAAAUUGGCAAAUCAUGAGUGCCUCUCAGGACAGACACUUGCAGCAGCUUGGGAGGCAUAUGGAGGGGUUCAGACUACCCAACUGUCAACUCACCAGGUUGGUUGCCCGUACCCCGACCCUCUGUCGUCCAAGUCAGGAAUGAGCUCAUGCAACCUGAUAGCAGAGCUAUCGACAAUGCUCACCCUGAAUACCAAAUCCCUUGCAUCAGGCAAUGGCUCUAGUACCUUACUACUGCAACAGCAUAAAGAAACAAUGGCUAGAUACCUGAACAUGCCACUUGAAGCCAUCCACAAAACGGAUUCGUUUGACAAUGUCGAGCUGCUUGCUAAGCUGAUUGCUGAUCACCCGUCCGCUGAGGUUGAUAAGGAGAUUCUCAAGGGUUUAUUGUCAGAGCUAAAAGCGGGGAUCCCCAGCACCAUGUCCGUAAUCGAAUCUUCCCGUGUCACUGAAGCUUCCAUGGGGUGGAAGGAGGAGGAUCUGGAGGCGAGGCUGUUUCACAGGCACAGGCAACUUGGAUGCUUGAAGGUCGAAGUUUCUAGACUUGAGGAGGAAGAAAAGAAGCUGGAGGGUGAUAUUCAGCAGCUGAUUGCUCGUAAGGCCAGAGUUGGGGUUCUGAAGAAAUCAACGGCUGAUGAGUUGGAGAAAGCCAGCCUGGAGGCAACCAAGGAAAUGGAAGAAAUGAAGGAGACAAGUAGCAAAAGGAAGCGGGCUUGCGUGGACAAGCUGGCUGCCGAGGAUGAGCUGUGUCGGCUCAAAAGAAGUUGGAAAGCUUUGAAGCAGACGUUGAAGCUGUGAUCGGUGGAGAGAGAUCCGUCACUGCUGGGCGCCCGCAGUUAGCUGUAAACUGAAGAUCAGAAGAUGCAAGCUAGGUAGAUGAAACUUGAAAGUAUUAUCUAUAUAUAGACGUUAGUGCAAGUUGGGGGGGAGUUCUUUGCGGAAGGAAAUGUGAUGCCAAAAACAGGUUGUUGCAUGGGUUUUGGGGUAAAUUACAAGAUUGGUCACUAGAAAUGCUAAAAAGUUCACAUUUGGUCACUAAAAGUAUUUUAUUCCAUUUAUGAUC